UGUUUUUAUUUCACAAAGUUUGUUUACGUUUCAAAUGACAGUUGCGUAACGCCAUUUUGAACAAUCAAAACUUUGACGUUUGUGCACGAUUGUUAAAAAUGUCCUUUUAACAUUUAUUAUUUAUCCCAAUGAAUAAAGCAGAAUCCGGCCUCCAAUUACUAAGUCGUUUAGACGACCGUCCUCUUCUAAACGACUUCGACACAGUUCUAUUCCCAAACGGGGGCCCAUUUCCCAAAGAAAUAAUAGAAAUAACCGGGGACUCCAACACCGGUAAAACAUUAUUACUUACAGAAAUCAUAGCUAAAGCCAUUUUACCUGUUCGACACGGCGGACGAAACGUUGGAGUCAUUUUAAUAGACACCGACUGCCACUUUCAAAUCAUCAAACUAGUGACAGCUUUGGAAAAAUUUGCCACAACACAAGAUGAAGAUAUAAACGAUAUAAUAAAGGAGUCUUUGGUGAAUUUUAAUAUUCUACAAUGUCAUGAUAGUAUGCAGUUGAACGUGACUAUCAAAAGACUCGAUGAUAUUUUGAUACAGAACACAGAUGUUUGUAUUUUAGCAAUGGAUAGCAUAGCAUCGUUCUACUGGUCUGAACAAAAUCAAAUUAAAAUGGAUACUUACUACCGAACGAUUUUGAGGAGUAUUCAAGGUGCUACUUGGGAAUAUAAAGUUGUCUUUUUCUAUACAAGGCCUGGUUAUUUUUUUACUAAAAACACUGGAGAUAAUUUUACUGAAGUACCUAGAAGUGGAUGUAUUAAUUAUCGUGUUAAAUUGGAAUUAGCAGAAGAUGAGAAGAUGGAUUGUGAUGGGGAUGUUAAAAUGGAUGCUGAUGCUGUCGAUGUGAAAUAUUUUCAAGCUUGUAUUGAAACUGCAAAAGAUAAAUUUGUUAAUAGAUAUGUGAUAAAUGAACAAGGGUUUGAAUGGAAUAAAUAAAUAUAA